GGGACUCUGUCCACUGUGUUAGUGCUAGUCCCCAGUUCGGCGGAGCAUAGAGCCAGUGCCUGUAGUGGGGAGAAUUCUCCAGAGUCCGUGAUGUGGACAGAGCUGGUAUUUGCUAGUUUCCAACUACUGUUUCUCCCCAGAGGUUUGUAGAACAGCCACUCUUAGACUUGUCAUGGAAUUAAGGAAAACUACCUCCAGAGCGUACAAUGCUGCUCUCCUGCUGCCACUUUUCCUCGUAUUUUGGGGAAUUUCAUCCUCUGAAAAUGGCAGCAGCUGUUCCUCAUCCCCCUGUGAAAAUGGUGGGAGCUGUCAGGAUUUGGAAGUGGGAUACAAGUGCACAUGCCCCGUGGAGCCUGUAGCCUACAUGGGCAUAAACUGUGAACACCUCUAUGAUGCAUGCUCUAAACAUGAGUGUACUGCCCACAGGAUGUGCAACAGCACUCCGGGACUCCUGGAAUAUGACUGCAUCUGUAUGCCUGGCUUCACAGGUAUUGAUUGUAACGUUAAUAUUAAUGAGUGUGAGAGCAACCCUUGUACAGACCCUCGUUUUGAAUGUGUAGAUAGCGUAAAUGGCUACACCUGUAAAUGCCAAACAGGACUGAAUGGAGAAGGCUGCCAAACAGAAAGCUCUAUGUGCUCUAGCCACCCCUGCCUAAAUAACGGGACAUGUGUGGAGGGUCCUGGGGACUAUACCUGCAUCUGCCAGCCUGGCUUCACCGGGGCCAACUGCAGAGACAACAUUGAUGAGUGCACCUCCAACCCCUGCCAGAACGGAGCCAUCUGCAGAGACAGGGUCAAUGAGUAUAGCUGUUUCUGUGUGCCUGGGUUCCAAGGAUACAACUGUGAAAUAGACAUCAACGAGUGUGCUUCCCGGCCCUGUAGAAACAAUGGCACCUGCCUCAAUGAGAUGGAUCACUAUGUGUGCAAGUGCAUCCCCGGCUACACAGGUGUGAACUGUGAUGCUGAAAUCGAUGAAUGUGAUUCAGACCCUUGCCAGAAUGGGGGCGUGUGCAAUGAUCACGUUGGGUUCUACACCUGUACCUGUGCCCCAGGUUAUCAAGGAAUGCAGUGUGAGGUGGACAUCAAUGAAUGUGUGAGCCAGCCGUGCCUGCACAAUGGGACAUGUCAUGACCUUGUUAACAGCUAUCGUUGUGACUGCAGUGACACAGGCUUCCAGGGGGACCACUGUGAGGUGGAUAUCCUGGAGUGUGCCUCUGAACCCUGUCUGAACAGUGCAACAUGUGUGGAAGGAAUCAAAAACUACAGCUGUGUCUGCUGGCCAGGUUACACAGGGCAGCACUGUGAAGAGGAUGUGGAUGAGUGUGCAACAUCUCCCUGUCACAACGGAGGCAUAUGCUUUGAGAGAUCCAACCAAGCCUAUUAUGGGACGCAACCUGAGUUCCCCAGUAAUUUCAGCUAUAGCCAAGCAGCUGGUUUCCUCUGUUGGUGCCAGCCAGGCUUUGCAGGGGAUACCUGCUUUACCAACAUUGAUGAGUGUGAGUCCCAGCCGUGCCAGAAUGGAGGGCUCUGUGUGGAUCUUACUAAUGGCUUCCUUUGUAAUUGCCUACCAGGUUAUUCAGGUGUGGAAUGUGCUGUUAACAUCAAUGAGUGUGAGGAGGGUCCCUGCAAGAAUGGAGCUGUCUGUGAGGAUGGCAUUGCUGACUAUACCUGCCACUGUGCCCCUAGCCAGGAUGGCAUUAUAUGGGGAGGGAAGAACUGCUCUGUCAAGCUCACUGGGUGCCAGACGCAUGACUGCCAAAAUGAGGCCUUGUGCAUCCCAACCUACCAAGCUGAGAGCCAUGGCCACCUGUGCCAGUGCCAGCCUGGUUUCUAUGAUGCCACAUGCUCAACACCAACAACAUUUUCCUUUGCUUCCAGAGGGUAUCUCCUCAUUGAGCUGCCCGUGAACAAUCAGAGCAGGAGGGACGUAGCAGGAGAUCAGCUUGCCAGCGUGUCCCUCCGGUUCCGAACCACCUUGCCCAGCGCUAUCCUUUUUUACCGAGGCCAUGAAGCUGAAUACUUGUUCCUGGAGCUCUAUGAUGGCAUUCUGCAUGCAGGACUGAAGAAGGAGGAUGUUUGGUACCUGCUGCUCCUGGAGGGACUGAGAGUUGAUGAUGGCCAAUGGCAUAAAGUCGAAGUUGUUCUGCACAGCACUAUGGAGCUAAAGCUCUGGCAUGACUCUUGUGAUGCAGGUGUCUGCCUGAAGAGCUCUCCUGUCCCACAUGGCACUGCUUUGGUCCCACAUACCUUCCUGAACAUGUAUGUGGGAGGUGCCGAGGAUUCAAUGGCCAACAACACACAUAGCCAGCAAGGCUUUGUUGGCUGCAUGGAGGACUUGCAGGUAGACACUGAAGCUGUGCUCCCAGCGGACCUGCCUCAGGGCGAGUCCUCCCCAGUGAUGCAGGGCUGUGACCGGACUGAGUGGUGCCUCUCCCAGCCCUGUUUCCAUGGAGGGCUGUGCGUGGACCUUUGGGCAGCCUACAGGUGUGACUGUUCCAGGCCUUAUGGAGGCCCAGCUUGCUCAUAUGAGCGCCCGGCAGCAACAUUUGGCCUAGAGAAUUCCACCAGCUUUGCCUCUUUCAGCCUCUCUGACAGCCUUGGUACAAACUUCAACAUCUCCUUUUUCAUUCGGACUCGGAAACCUAACGGUUUGCUAUUGCAGUUCAGCAGUGAAACUGCCCCCUGCCUCACCGUGUACUUGAGGAAUGGCAGGCUGCGGAUACAGAUGUUGUCUGCAGAUACUGUGACAUUUCCAGAAAACCUGGUUGAUGGCAGAAGACAUUUGGUAGCUCUGUCUUUCCAAGGAGGAAUUGUUUUUGCUCACCAAUCAGACGUGCGUGUGGAGCUGGGACAGCUCAUAGCAAGACCUCUUUUAGCUGGUUAUGAAGUGUAUAUUGGUGGGCAUCCUAAUCCAGACAAUGCAGAUAUGUGGGGAGGUUAUUUUAAAGGCUGUUUGCAAGACCUCCAGCUGAACAGCCACCAAAUACAGCUUCUUCAUGUUGAGAACUACAGUCUGCCACAGGAGCUCAGUAGGACUCAGAGUGGUAAUCUGGUGAACGGUUGCAUCUCUGAUAACACCUGCAAGUCUGAACCAUGUCAGAACGGGGGCACAUGCGCUGUCACCUGGAAUGAUUUCCAUUGCAGCUGCCCAGCAAAUUUCACUGGGAAAUUUUGUGAAGAGAGAGUCUGGUGUGAAAGUGACCCUUGUCCUGAAGCUACCGCCUGCGUAGAUGUUCCAGCAGGAUACGUGUGUCUGUCUAAUGCAACAUUUGAUAGUUAUGCUGCAAUUGAAUUUACCAGCAGUGCAUCAGUGACUAGAACUCUGAGCAGCCUCCAUGUGGACUUCAGAACCAGGGAUGAAGAUGCUGUUUUGCUUUGGGCUGUGGAAGAAGUGGAUUCCUUCCAGAUAGCCAUUAAGAACUCUUCCCUGCUUGUUGACAUCAGGAGUGGGAAUAGCAUCGAAGGUGUCAGCUUCCUGAGUCAGAAUUCCAUCACGGACGGUGCCUGGCACAGCAUCUCUGUGUCCAUGGAAGAGCCAUCUGCCCUUUCUUCCAGAUGGCUCAUUCGUUUGGAUGACUCUGUUAAUAUGACUCUGCAGGGAACUGCUGGGAACUUGGACUUCCUGAAGAGCAACGCGCUCAUUGUUGUAGCUGAAAACUUCACCGGCUGCCUCGGACAAGUGAGGAUCGGGGGGAUCUACCUGCCAUUCACUGGCCACCUCUCGUACCCCCAGGCAGAGCAGUUCCAGCAGUCCAGCAGAAGGACCAUCCAGCUGGGCUGCACUGGUGCUGAUGUUUGUGCUUCCAGCCCUUGCCUCAAUGCUGGCACUUGUGAGGACUUGUUCAAUUCCUUCAGCUGCGCCUGCAGUGCUGGCUGGGGGGGGCUGCUCUGUGAGGCUAACAUUGAUGACUGCCAGUCCAGCCCAUGCGUGCAUGGGGACUGUGUUGAUGAAGUAGCAGAUUUCCAGUGUCAAUGCUUCCGGGGGUUCAUUGGGAAGAGGUGUGACAUCAACGUGGAUGACUGCGUGCGGCACCAGUGCCUGAAUGGGGCUACCUGCAUCGAUGGGGUUUAUGGCUACUCCUGCAAGUGCCCUCCUCACUAUUCAGGACCUCGCUGCGAAUGGCCAUUCCCACCUGAGCAAUGUGGGAAGAACUUCACCUGCCUGAAUGGUGGCAAGUGCAUCAGUGAGAGCUGGGGAGCCAACUGCACCUGCAAGCCGGGAUUCACUGGAAGGAAUUGUCAAAUUAACAUAAACAAGUGUGAGCCAAACCCUUGCCAGAAUGGAGGCACCUGUCAGGACUCUGAGAACAAAUACGAGUGUCUGUGCAGUGCCAGCUACACCGGAGAGCGCUGCGACAUCAACCAGCCAGUGUGGGCCCAUCUUAGCAACUCCUCCGUGGUGGGAGCAGUCGGGGUUGCAGGCGCUGCCCUGCUCCUGGCAGUGGUUGCAGCCACGGCGAUUGUCAUGAGGAGGAGGAGAGCAACUCAGGGAACGUACAGCCCGAGCCGUCAGGAAAAAGAUGGGGCUCGAGUGGAAAUGUGGAACGUCAUCAAGAUGCCCCCGACCGAGCGGCUGAUUUGAGAACUGAGGUCACACAACAGCGUCUCUGUCUUAGGUCAUGGGAUGUGUUUUUGUAGGCCAGGUCUGUAAUGCUUUAAGCUUCUUCAUAGGCUACUGGCGCGUGCCUGCUGCUACUUGCAGGAGGAUUCAGCUGCUUGAAUGAGCUUGGUUAUUGCAGCUCAUCCCAUCAAUAACUGUGUAAAACGGAUUUGCCAGUAAAGGUUGGGAGGGGAAGAAAAUGUGGAGGGGAGGGAGGAAAGCAUGGCUGUGGUGGCAGAGUGGGGACACAGACUCACUGUCACAAGGUCGUGCUGCAUGUCACCAGAGAGCAAGGCCAGCAGCAAUUGCCUCUGGCACGUGGUCACCGUGAAAGGCACCUGCAGAUACGUGAGGUAGGUCAAAUUAAUGCGAAUUAAACACCAUGUUAAGAAAUAAUGUGAAGAAUGGGAUGGUUUCAGACCUGUGUGCCUGUGCCUCUUCUGCAGGAGGUCACUGGCUGGUUGGAGGUGUUUCCUAGAGCUGCUGCUGUCCUUCCAUCACUAUAGAGUGCACAUUGUGACAUGAGAACUUGAGUACCACUGUGUGAAACCGAGCACGUCUACUAAAACCUCUCCUAGGCCUAGACUAAACCACAGGAGUAUUCUAAGUGCCUUUCUGAGCGCGAGUUGCCAGUUACAGUGUUAACCCUCUUUGCAGGGAGGAUGUUUGUAUGUUGAUAAACGGAUCACUUCCUUUGGUGAGCUGGGUGAUGGUACCAGGCUGAUGACAGGAGCACAGCCGGCUCAGGGGCAGGCACUGCACAAGCAUGACAGCAGAAUGGACCUUCCUAAGGGACUGAAGGUUUGAACAUUGUGGUGUUUGUGUAAGGAGCAGGAAAGAGCCAAUUCCUGUUCCUCUCAGACAGGCAGGUUUGGGCUUGUCAGUACAGGAGAAUGAGAUUUAGUUCACUAAUACAAUGUCCUUUAACCCAAACCCAGGGUUUGUGUGGUAGUGAGGCACACUGCCCUAAAACGAGUAUUUAUUUUGUGGUGUCACCUCUCCUUUGUGUCUGUUGUAGCUGCGGAGUCUGUUCUUUCUUCACCUGGGGAAAGACAUGCAGCAGAGGAGGCCAGAUAAGGUCUGGAAUCAUUGGUGUGUCAGGGUAAUUACUACAGCUAUCAGUCACAAGUAUUUUAGCAAACAGUGGCUGCUUUUUAAUCCCUGAAACACCAUUAAUCAGCAGGGUGUGAAUCUGCCCCCAUUGCUCCUCACCGCUGAUGGGAAGAAAACAUUGUUCUGGUUUGGUUUUAUUUCUGCUGUAGCUGUGACUUUCUCUGUAAUUCUGAGUAAAGGGAGGAGUACACCCAACUGCUCAGGACCAGCGCUGCAGCACACACAGCUGCUGACUGACAGGUGAUGAGAAGAAACAGUUUGGAAAGUAGAAGAAGACAAUGACUGUUUUUCCUCUAAUACAGCCUUUCCCUCUGUAGGAGCAGGUGCUGACCCUGCUCUGGUGAGGGGUUGGAGAGGACAAAGAAAUGCCCUAACUUCAGUUCAUUUUUAUUUAUUUAUUAGUAAUAACACUGCUGGUACUUUGCCGAUGAAUUUGUUGCUCUGUGUAGUUUCCAGAUGCUCUUUAGGAAGGUCUCUCACAGCUGUGGAAUAGAGGCAGUGCCCCCUGUCACUCCCUUGCUGCCUGGAACCAGUUACACUGCAGCCUUAGGAAAAAGGUGAGGGUCACCUUGCUCAGCAGCGUCUGUGCCACCAGAGGAUGAACAAGUUGAAGGAGGCGGCACUGUUCCAGGGGAGCAGGCCCUGUGCUGCCUCUGGAGAUACAAAAAACCACCCUGACCCAACCCUGUCCCCAUGGAAGGGUGGCUUUGACCCCAGAGGGCUAGGACUGAGCGCACCUGUGCCGCCCUCGCUGCAUCGCAGUGGUAGGUGGGGUUUUCUUCAUUCCAUUCCAACUUACAAGCUGGUUGAUGACAAUCAGCCACAGAACCUUCACCUCGGCUCUGGGUUCUGCACCCGCAGACCUGAUUCGCCUCCAGGUCGGGGCCUGUGCUUUUACCUUCCAGCUUCACUCCAGUUUUUCCAUUUAAAUUGUGGAAAACCAAAGGCAGCGACAGGAUCUAAAUGAGGCCAUGUUACUCCAGCCUGUAUUUGGGAAGAAAACUAGGAUGCUGUUACAGAACUGUAGUUAAGCUACUGAAACAGCCUGAAGGACAACAAGCAGCUACAACCCCCUCUGCAAUACAGAGCCAAAUGCAGGUAAUGGCAGGCAGGGAGGUGGCUGCAGCUCCAGGGCGGCAGCAGGAAGGGUCUGUCCUGCUCCAGCGCGUCCCAGGAUUGCAGAGCAGCCGUGUCCAUGUCGAGCACCCAAAGCCAGUACUAGAAAAGUGUUAAAAGACUUUGUCAGUGUCUUGAGCAUUUCUGCAAGAUAAUUUAUGAAAGUCGGCGGUUUUUCAAUGAUGAACUUCACUUCCUUUUGAUAUUUAAUUUUGGACUCUGUUUUUUCACAGAACUGCAGCUGCUGCGGUUCCACAGCCUGGGUUCUUUUGUAAAUUUUGUAAUUUGUAAAAAGAUUAGAAUGUCCUUCACGGAAAUUUACAAUAAAAUCUGGUUAAAAAUGAAA